GGCGUGGAAAGGAGCGAAGGCUUCCCUUGUUUCUCUUGCGCUUCUUUGAAAGCGAGCCGUGCGAUUCGCUAAAUUGGGAAUAGAGAAUUUUUUUUAAUUGUUAUUAUUAUUAUUGCAGGUCUAUGGCUGCUUCAGGCUCACCUUCGUGGCCGGGAGAAGGACCGCGGCGGCGAUGAUCCCAACCCCGCGGCACCAGCACGUGGGUCCGGAGGGUCCCUUCAGCGCUGUGUAUGAGCCCGCCGAAGACACCUACUUGCUGCUGGACGCCCUCGAGCGGGAUGCCGAGGCUCUGAGAUGCGCCGGCAUUGAUAUAUGCCUUGAAGUAGGAUCUGGAUCUGGAGUAGUUUCAAGUUUUUUAGCUUCAAUUGUUGGAUCCAAAGCAUUUUACAUGUGUACUGAUAUCAACCCUGCAGCUGGUCUAUGCACUGCAGAGACAGCUAGAGAAAACAAUGUUCACAUUCAGCCAGUAAUUACUGACCUGGUAACAGGAUUGUUGCCACGAUUACAUGGAAAAGUUGAUUUGCUGUUAUUUAACCCACCUUAUGUGGUAACCCCUUCUGCUGAGAUACAAACUCAUGGAAUUGAGGCAGCCUGGGCUGGAGGUAAAAAUGGCAGAGAGGUUAUGGAUAGACUCUUUCCACUUGUGUCAGACUUACUAUCGGCAAGAGGAUUGUUUUAUUUAGUUACAAUUAAAGAAAAUAAUCCAGAUGAAAUUAUUAAAAUAUUGCAGGAAUGUGGUUUAAAUGGCAAUAAAGUAAUUUCCAGACAAGCAGGAAGGGAGUAUCUCUCAGUACUGAAAUUCUACAAAUCCUGAAGCUGGCUUCUGGAGGAAUCUUUGUUUUAAAAUGCUAUCUUUGAUUAAUUAAGAUUAAAUUCUAACUGCUGAAAACUAGUACACAUUAGUAUAUUAUCUUAAUUUUAAAAAUAUGCAUAUUUCCAUAUGUGUAAAAUCAAAAUUUUGACAAAUUUAUAAAAGUGGAAAGUAAAAUACUGCGUAAACAUUGUUACAAUCCUAUCAUACAUGUACUUAGAAGCGAGAUUGUGGCUGUUCCAACUUGCUUCUUUUUAUCUGAAUAAUGAACUUAGCAUGGAAUUCAUUCUCUUGUUUCUAUUGCAUAUUCUGAGUUCAUGGGCUUGCAAAGUUAAAGUAGACGUUUCAAGCUUGAAAUAGCUUUUUCAGUGUUUGAGAAAUGUUCCAAGUUUAUAAAAUACUUAUUGGUAUUUCACAUUGACUUGGUAGAAAUAAGAACAAGUACCUGCAAGGUAAUAGUUUAAGUAAAAACAACUGUUUCAAGUUUGAAGUCAUUAUUUCAAUUUCAUAAUAACUGUUUCAGAUAUAGAAUAUUAUUAGAUAGUCAAAAUACUUAAAAUAUGGUUGGAACAGAUGUUUUAAACUUGAAUGCUUAAAUUCAGAAUCUUUUGCACACCACUAGUCCCUACUACAGUACUAGUAAUUGCUAUAAGCUGCACUAGCUGGCUCACAAUAUAGUUUGCCAAUACCUCAAAUCCAGUAUACAGUUUAAGAACCAGUACCACAGAUGCAUAUGUGAGUAUCACAAGUGUGUCUAUCCCUCUCAUUUUAAACCUUUAAUACCAAUUCUAAUCAUGAUCUCUAAUUGAGCAAACAAUUAAAUUGCUCUUCGUGCUGCUAAAAAUCUUUCAACCUUAACAGGGCUUAUGUAAGACAGGAUAUAAUACGUAAUAGCCACUGGUCAAAAACUGUCACAUGUCACCCAUUUCUACUUUUCACAUCUGAAUAUUAUUAAUGCAAAGAUAGUGAGCAAUACCAAGACAUGAUCAAUCAGUUUGAACUUUUUAUUGUAAGGGAAAAAAUUAAGGUUUUACUGCUCAGUCCAAGGAUGAUGGUUUUAGGCUUGCUUGAAGCAGAAAAAUGAGGUACAUCAGAAGAAAGUCUCUCGGCAA